UAUCCGAACGUUCUGUCUUUCAGUUUUUUCUUUAUGGUCUAUAAUUGCGUGCUUUUUUGUUGAAAUUCUAUUUUAUCUGUUGUCAUUCAAUAUUUCGUGAAUGCACGUCUCGUGAGUUGACUGAUACGAUAAAAAUAUCGAAUUGUGUUUAAGAAAUGUGAAUAAACAGUGCUUGUUGCAAUAAACAGUUGCAUGAAAAUGUAUCGUAAAGUAGUGUGGUGUUACGUAUUUGUAUUGACGUUGUUAGAUAUAUCUCUGAACACCAAGCUGUCAGCCCAGGGAAAGAGCCAUGGUGUUACAGUACACGAUUCUCUUAUAGAGGGAAUCACAUUUCAGGAAUGGGGCAAGCAGUCGGGCGGGGGGGCGCGCGGAGGGCGCGCGGUGGCAGCGGGCGCGCUGCAGCUGUGGCCGCCCGCGCUGGAGUUCGGGCGCGCCGCGCUGGCCGCCGCGCACGCGCUCACCGUCACGCUCACCAACACCGCCAACACCACCAUGCACCUCGCCUCCGUCGCCGGCACCACGCCCGACUUCCACGCAUCCUUCUUCGAGUCUAAGACGCUGCCGCCGCAAGCCAACACGACGUUCAGCGUGGUGUACCUCGGGCGGCGCGAGGGCCCGGUGUCCGCGCACCUCUACAUUCACACGUCGCUCGGCGUGCACAAGUAUCCCGUGUCGGCGGAGGGCGUGGCCAGCGAGUACGGCGUGUGGCCGCUAGUGGGCGUGCGCGUGCCGCUCAACGCGUCCGUGGAACCGCUGCUCACGCUGCACAACCCCACCGACCACCCCAUACAAGUGAGCGAGGUGUACUCGUCGGGCGCGUGGCUGGGGCUGGCGCUGCCGGGCGGCGAGGAGUCCGCGCCGCGCGCCGCCUGGGCCGUGCCCGCGCGGGGCUCGCGCGCGCUCGUGCGUCUGCGCCUGGCGCCGCCGCCGCCGCACGCCGCGCACCCGCACCCGCUCACCGCCUACAUCAGAAUAAAGGCGAACAUUACCGGCGGCGGGCUGGUGGUGUGCGUGGAGGCGCGCAGCGUGGCCGCCGGCGAGUACGUGAGCCCGCUGCAGCUGCGCCUGCGCACUCGCGGCUCGCGAGAUCCGCCUGACACGUUCGACAUCUCGGCGGGCAAUAGCGCCGGCGUCGACGUGGCGCUGGAGGCGGGCGUGUGGGCGGCGCGCUGCGCGGCCACGCCCCCCUCACCGCCGCCGCCCCCUGACCCCGCGCCACCCACCGCCAACGGACAGAGCGACAAGGGCACCGCCAACGGAAAUGGUAUUAAAUCGGAUGGCGUGUAUGUGUCACUUCUGGAGCCGCACCUAGUGCCGCACCAGGACCUCAUGCACACCGCACAAGUCACGCUUGACUAUGCCAAGAUGUGGGCGGGUCACGUGGGCGGCACCGAGGACGAGGGCGCAGAGAAGGCGGGCGCGGAGGGCGCGUGGUGCGCCGGCUGGCUGCGCCUGGGCCGCGCCGCGCUGCCCUACAGCCUGCGCCUGCUGCCCGGCACGCUGCGACUGGCGCCGCCCGACCUGCAUUUCAUAACUUCAAACCGAGAGGACUCGCUGCGGGUGCGCGAGGUGCGCGUGCACAACGAGUUCCCGGUCGCCGUGCACAUCGCACACAUCGACUUCGGACCCGAUGUUGAAACAUAUUUCGAGGUGGAGAGUCUGGCGCCGCUAGUGGUGGCGGGCGGCGGCUCGGCGGGCGUGGCUCGCGUGAGGCUGCGGCCCGGCGCCCCGCGCGGCCCGCACCGCUCCGAGCUCACGCUGCGCACCAACCUCACCGACUACACGCUGCCGCUGCUCGUGUACUCCGGCGAGCUGCGCAUCGAGUGGGAGUGGCCGCACUCGGCGGACGGCGCGCUGCGGCUGGGCGCGCUGGGCACGUCCAGCACGCGGCGCGUGGGCGCGCUGCUGCACAACGACGCGCCCGCCGCGCUCUGCGUGCGCGAGCUCAGCACCGACCUGGCCGGCGCCACGCUGGCGCUGCAGGCCUGCGCGCACCUGCGCGACGUCGCGCCCGACCACUCCUGCGUGAGUAGCCUGCCCCGGAGCCCCGCUCCGUAUGCAGCAGCACUUGUAGUGUACGUGUCGUGCGCAGCGCUGCAUCGCGGCGGGCGGCUCGGGUACGCGUGGGCGUCGGUGCCGCUGGUGCUGGAGAGUAGCAUGACGCUGCCGAUGCGUGUGGUCAGUGUCACGUUGCCCGCCUCCGACCCUGCUGUUAUGUUUGAGGCGGUACCGGAAGGGCAGGCGCGCGAGGUGACGCCCGGCCGCCACGUGGUGGGCAGCGUCAUGUACGCGCCCGAGCGGCGCUGCCAGCCGCGCUGCUACACCGGCCUGGACGUGGCCGCGCCCGGUCAGUGCGAGCGGGCCCAGGGAGGGGGGCGGGGGCGGGCUGCGCGGGCGAGUGUGACCGCGGCGUGUCGUGUUGCAGAGGGCGCGGCGUGGCUGCGGCGCGGCGCGGGCGAGGCGGCGCUGCGCGCGGACGCGGCGCUGCAGCGGGCGCGCCACGCGCAGUGGGCGGCGCGGGCCGGCGCGCACAACUUCACGCUGCACGUGCACACCACGGGCGUGCUGCAGCUGGGCGUGCGCGGCGCCGCGGCCGCCUGGUGGCCGCGCCUGGCGCCCGCGCGCGCCGACGCGGGGCUGGCCGGCGUGGGCGCGCCCGCCGCGCUGCGCCUGCGCGUGCGCAACCCGUCGCGCAGCCACGCGCUGCUGCUGCAGGCGGCGCUGGCGGCCGGGCCGCUGGCGCUGGCGGGCGAGGCGGCGGGCUGCGGGCCCGAGCCCUGCCGCUGGGCGCGCGCCGCCUUCGCGCUGGCGGGCUGGCGCGCGGAGCGGGGGCAGCCGCGCGACUGGCCGGCGCCGCGCCCGCCGCACAAGCACGCGCUGCCCAUGCUGCUGCUGCCGCCCGACUCCGAGAUCGAGAUCAAACUUAAUUUCACGCCUCACGAGGCCGCCACGCUCUCCGCUUACUUGUAUCUGCGAAACAACUUGACCAUCAUGGAAGGCGUGCUGUUAACCGGCCGCGGCGCAUACCCCAGCUUCGAGCUGGGAGGCCGACGCCCCGGUUCCAAUGCACCGCUACUGUUUGAGGUGAGCGAGUGCGGCGCGGCGGGCGCGGGCGGGACCGUGCGGCGCACGCUGGUGGCGCGCAACACCGGCAGCGUCGGCGUGCGCCUGCGGGACUGGCGCCUGGCCGGACAGCCCUGCCAGGCGCGCGGCUUCCGCCUCACGCCCUGCGCGCCGCUGCAGCUGCAGCCCAACGAGUCGCGCGCGCUCACGCUGGCCUUCACGCCCGACUACACGCUGGCGCGCGUGGCCUGCCCGCUCACCGCGCGCACCGACACCGGGCGCGCCGCCUUCGCGCUGCACGCCGCCGCGCCCGCGCGCCUGCUGCCGCGCUGCCUGGCCGCCGCGCCGCGCCCGCCCUGGGAGCCCGCCGCGCGCGCCGCCGCCGCGCUGCUGGCGCUGGCCGCGCUGGCGCUCGUGCUGGCCGCCGCCGCGCUGGACGCCGAGCGGGAGCUGCGCCGCGCCCGCGCCGCGCGCCCCGCGCCCCCGCCCGCCGCGCGCCAGCCGCUCGACCUGCGCGCGCUGGCGCAGCCCGCGCCCGCGCCCCCCGCCCCCGCCGCGCCCGCGCGCCGCCCUGCUCCGCGCCGCCGCCGCCCUCCGCGCCGCGAUGCGCCCCCGCUGGACCCGCUAGCCGAGCGCCGCGCCUUCGAGCGCUGGCGGGCCGAAGUCCUCAGGCAAGCCGACGAAGAUGACUCUCGCUCCAGUGAAGACGCCGAACGCGACGAACACACGACGAGGCGAGCGCCCUCUCCUACCGAUGUAUCCGAUGAAAUACCAUUACUCGAUGCGGAGGUUCAAGAAUCACACGAAGAACCACCCGCCGUGGUCACGGACGGCUACGAAGCCGACCCCGAAACAGAAGACCGACCGCCGGGCAGCGGCGAUGAAGAUGCCGCAUCUACGGGCUCGGGCUCGGGCUCGGCGUCCUCCUCGUCGCCCACCGUGGACGAUCGCGACGAAGCGGACGAACCGGAAGAGGAGCCGUCGCGCGAGAGCCCCGCUCCUGUCGCCGGAGACUCGCCGCCGCCGCCGGGCGCGGGGCUGGCCUCGCCGGGGCGCGCGGUGCGGGCGCGGGCCGUGCGCGGCCGGCGCGAGGCCGCCAGCCCGGCGCGGCGCGGGGAGCGCGCGGAGCCAAGGGAGGCGCGCGCGCGGGCCGCGCCCGGCCGGGCCCCGCGCCGCGACAAGGCGGGCAAGCGGCGGGAGCGCGCCCCGCUGUCGCCGCCGCGGCCCGAGCCGGUGCGGGCCCCAGCGGCCCUGCGCUGGGGCGCGUCGUGGUCGUCGGUGGUGGCGCGGGGCCCGGCGGGGGGCCCCGGGGGCGCAGCGCUGGCCCCCAUCGGUUCGGACGUGCGCCGCCGCGCCGAGCCCGCUCCUGCUCCUCCCGCCGACCACUCUUUGUUCUACUUCAACGGCGACUCGUCGCUCGGGCAUCGCGACGCUGACUUCUCGUGGCGCCCACCUCCACCAGUCGAGCGCGCCGCUUUCACUCCCGCCCGUGACUUCCUCGGCGACGAGCCGGUAAACAACGUGAGCAACGUGGGCAGCGUGGGCAGCGUGGGCGGGCCGGGCGCCGUGGGCAGCGGCGCCUUCCGCUCCGUGAGCUCGGUGUGGGGCGGCGCGCUGGAGCCGCGGCCCGCGGCGGCCGCCUGGCUGUGGGGCGGGUACGCCGAGCCGGCGGGCGCGGGGGGCGUGGGC